AGACCCUCCCAACCCUCCUUCAUACCCAUCCACCCAAAAUGUCCCACCUCGAACUCGCCUGCUUCACCCCCACAUCUGCCCUAACCGCCCAAUCCGCCGGCGCCUCCCGAAUCGAACUCUGCACCUCCUACCCCGCCGGCGGUCUCACGCCCCCGCACUCCACCCUCCUCGCCCUUAAAUCCAACCCCUUUAUCACAAUCCCGAUCUUCGUCAUGAUCCGCCCCCGCGCUGGCGACUUCGUCUACUCCGCGCCCGAGUUCGCGCAAAUGCGUGACGAGAUCGCCGCGUUCAAGGCACUAGAACGCGGGCCUGACGGCUUCGUGUUCGGGAUCCUAACGUCGGAGGGCCGCGUGGAUGCGGAGAGGUGUGGGGAGUUGGUGCGGCUGGCGGGGGGAGCGUCAUGUACGUUUCAUCGCGCGAUUGACGAGGUGCGGGAUUUGUGGGAAGGAGUGGAGGCAGUGGUGGAGUGUGGGUUUCAGGCGGUGUUGACGGCGGGGCGGGGGGGAGACGCGGUGGGUGGGGUGGAGGUGUUGGAGGAGAUAAAGAGGAGGGUAAAAGGGAGGUUGGAGGUGGUGGUUGGGGGUGGGGUGAGGAGGGGAAAUAUUGGGGGGUUGAGAGGGAGGGUUGGGGAGGGGUGGUAUCAUUCUGCAGCGAUUAUGGGGCAGGGGGAGGAGGCAGAUGGGGGGGAGCGAGAUUUGUCGGGGUUGUCUCGUUCGUCUUUCCAUUCGGCAUAG